CUACCAAGAGAAGUUUUUAUAGGGGCUCUUACUUAUCGCACUUGCCACGCCCUCAAGCUUAGCAUGAGUGAAAGUGUCAAAGUGAUUGUUCGUUGUAGACCCCUGAAUGAAAAAGAACGAGAAAUGAACACGAGACUUGUGAUAGAAACUAACUCCUUACUGCAUCAGUGCAGCAUCCAAAGGUCUGGAGAUGAUACCAAAUCAGCCAAGAACUUUACAUUUGAUGGAGUUUACGGCAUUUCAAGUAGCACAGAGGUGAUUUAUUCUGAAAUUGUGUGUCCAAUUGUUAACGGCGUCGUUGAAGGAUACAAUGGUACUGUGUUUGCAUACGGGCAGACAUCGUGCGGGAAGACAUUUACAAUGGACGGUAUUCAAACCCCUUCGGCACAAAAGGGAAUCAUCCCUCGAUGUUGUGAACACAUUUUGAGCAGUACACGCCAGCGCAGUCUGGAAAAACAUAACAAUUAUCUACUGCGCGUGUCAUACCUGGAAAUAUACAAUGAAGAAAUCCGAGAUCUGCUAGUCAAGGAGUAUAAGUACAAGCCUGAAAUUAAGGAACGCCCAGACAAAGGAAUUUACGUCAAGGGGUUAUCAAGCAUAACUGUUGAUAGCUACGAGGAUAUAAGGGAGAUCUUAAAAUCAGGACGUAAGAAUCGGUCAGUAGGUUCAACUUUGAUGAAUGCUGAUUCAUCUCGGUCUCAUUCGAUCUUUACCAUCGACCUCGAGGCCUGCCUUUGUUCUGGUCCAGGCAAAAAGGAGGUCUAUCGCACAGGCAAGCUCAACCUGGUAGAUCUGGCGGGAAGUGAGCGUCAGAGUAAAACUGGUUGUACUGGCGAACGGUUUAAAGAAUCGACGAAAAUAAAUUUGUCAUUAUCGGUUCUCGGGAAUGUCAUAUCGUCCUUGGUCGACUGCAGAUGUACACAUGUUCCUUAUCGUGACUCAAAACUAACGAGGCUUCUGCAAGACUCGUUAGGUGGAAACUCAAAGACUUUGAUGAUUGCCUGCAUAAGUCCUGGGGAGAAUAAUUAUGAAGAGACCUUGAGCACUCUGAGAUAUGCUGCGCGUGCAAAUAGUAUUAAGAACAAGCCAAAGAUAAAUGAGGAUCCAAAAGAUACGAUUUUAAAGAAGUAUCAUGAGGAGAUACUACAGCUGAAAAGGAUCAUUGCGAAGGAAAUUCCUGUUCCCAGCCAGUUGGUUGCUGAGUUGAGAGGUAAGCCUAUCAAGAUCAGCUUUUUGAUGAUAGAUAGCUGGAGAAUCUUUCCCAGCAGUUUUUGCCAUAAGAUGAACUGUCUCAUGGCAAUUAUCAAAAAUAACUUCUUGAAGGGAGCCAAAAUAAUAUACUUUUUAAACGUUUUUCUCUCGUUGUUCUGGUCACUCUAUAUGAACAGGAAAAAGUUGUCAGCUCAAGGGGAAAGCAUGAAAAACUGCCACAAAAAGGAAUUGAUUUAAUUUUUUUAAAUCUUGUUUUAAAUUAUUCCUAUUUCCUUUUUUUUCUUUUCUAACUAUGUAAAUUUGGCGAUGUAAAAAUCAAAUCAAAACUUCAUUUUCAAUUCGUACGUGGUUCUAAAAUAUAGAAAUAUUAAAAGAUGGCAAAACUUGAGCGCAGUAGUGAACAAGUGAAUGAUUUUGCCCAUCAUAUAAAGCAGUUAAGUGGGUUCCGUGGACAGCCCGCACACCUGGUACGUGUUUGGCCGGAAUGUCAUGCGCCCAUUUCAGUCAAGAGUUUUUUGCUUGUCGCAACACUCGUAAAACAAGGAUUAUUUCACUUUUCUUACCACAACAGUUUCCUAAUAAGGCGUUUGUGACUAAGGAGCAAAAAGUCCCAUGCAUCUUUGCAGAUCUAAGAACGAAGCUCUGAGCUCUGCACGGAGACAUGAUCAACAACAUUUGUUCUGUACUUAGAAGUUUUAUAGAGCUCUCAACUAGAUCGUCUGGAAUGCAGGUAUCGAGGUGUUUCAAAUUUUUAUAGUAUUUAUUCAUUAGUUUAUAUUAUUUUACAGAAAUCAGAGAAGAAUCAAACGGCGCAUCGCUAAACUACGGUCGUUCUUUUACGAAGACAUGCGAGAAGGAAGAAACAAUUCAAACUUAUUUUUCAAGACAGAUAAGUGUGAAGGGAAUUGAGACGCGUCACAUCGACUCUCAAAAACUUCACGUAAAAGCCUGCAAAGAGAAAGCUUCUCUGAAGAGAGAACUUGACGAUAUCCGAGCGCAACUUAAAAUGCAGCAGAGAAAACUUGAGUUUGAAGAAAGGAAAAAUAAGCUUGAGGAGCAUAAAACCGCUUUAAUGUUGCUAAGAGGACGGAGGACAGUGGAUGAAGGUUGCAUGUUAGGCACGCGUAAAGAGGCUGACGACGAUCAUCAACGCUCAUCAGAAUUACGACAAGCUACGUAUUGUGGAGAUUUAUCAACACAAGGGACAUCAACAGAAAUGAAACGUUUACCUGGUUAUCCACCCUUGUGGGCAGAAAAACCAUGCUUAGAAUUUGAGAGAGCAGAAAAGGAAGCGACGUCAGUUUCGUCCUCAGCACGGGAAAGGCCCGUCAUGGUAUCGGUGGCAACGUCGACUGAUGAUUUAGAUGUACUGGUAAUGAAGACAGAUGUUAAUUUCAAACAUCAUAAAAGUGAACACGAACGGGAAAUGCAGGAAAACCACUGGAAUAUUCGAGAAAAUAUGUUAUGUCGAGAAGAAGCCGAGGGCCGUUCCAGAAGUGUGUCACCUGACAGUGAGGAAAAGAAGAGCUUCGCAAACGGCCCGAUUGUUUAUUUAAGUUCACUAGAUGAGGAGGUAAGACAAGGGCAAAGCGUUUAACCAACAAUUUAGGCAUAUAUAUUUCAUAACGCUAGUCAGGGAUUGUUUUUACCCUUAUACUUCAUUAAUAUUGAAAUUCAUCUCAGAAGAAGAGUGACAUCUUUGUCAUUCUAUUGUUUGGUAUGAAUUGAUGGUAGUACUACUUGAUUGGUAUAGUAAUUAGGAACGCAAACGCUGACUGGGUAUAAUGAGUACACAUAUAAUUAUAUAAUUUUUGUCAGGUCAUGUGAUAAUACUCUAGAGAAUUGUUUCUUUCAAUUCACUUUCUAAUUCACGUGCAUAUAUAAGCAUGAUUUCUGAAAAGACAAAGGGUCAAGUUUCCCUAGGACUCUAUUGGGAAAUCAAAACAUACAGGUUAAAGAGGUGUAUUACGCUCUGACGUAACGACUGUCAGGGAGGAGGCUGUAAUACACGUUUUAAGGUACAAUUUAGAGGCACCAUUUGGCAACGGUAGCCCACGAAUUCAACUAUUGCGAUAACCUUUUUGUGGGGAAACUAUACACUAUUUGAAGGCAAAUUAUCCAAAAAUAAAAUAAUGGAUAACGAAAUAUCAGAGUCAUAUGCCUUUGCUUUUAUAGUUGAGUGUCAUGAGUGCAUGGGCUCUGGGUGGAUCGAGGGCGAUUUCUUAAAGUGUUAACCGCUCACCAUAACACACCAAGGGAGGAUAAUGCUCUCUUAAACACAUAAACUGAUUGCAAAGUCGAAAAAGACAUCUCGGAGAUCAGGCAAUUCAAUCUGUGGUUCGAGCUUUUACAGUCUCGAGGAGUGACUCACAAAAUCAACUAAGUUGUACUACCUGCACUUUACUGAAAGAUGCUAUACAAUCACUCAUUGUCAAAAAAUCAAGAAUAAUAAGGAGCCACAAGUCAACGGUCAAGUCUCUUCACAACUAGCACCUUGGGGGUAGAGGUGUGUGGCGUUUUAGGGAGGUGGCCGUUGUAAAGAGGAUCGUAAAAAAUGCAAGAGUGAAAUAUUGGACUGUCCGUCAGGCCGACACAAUAGUCUCAAUAUAGGGAGCUUAAGCAACGACGACGGCGACGGCAACGAUAACGGUAAAAAAGGAUUAGCUAAAAAACAACUUUGCACGUGCAGCACACUUUUUUGUACAUUAAUUUCUUUCCAGUCACUGGACGAAUACGACGUGAAACUGCCUAAAUUCAUGUUCUGUGGUGGACGUGAAAACAAGACAACAACUUUCUUUUCUUUUCCUGAAAUUCGAUGCAGUCCUUUAGAGCUCAGUCAGCUCCAGAAAAAAUGGCCAACAUCUGACAAUAUUAAUUUAUUAAACGAGAUGGAAUAAGCGCGAUAAAGUUUAAAGCAGCGCAAUUCACUUUUCAAGUGACGUUUUCGUAGUCCUCGCCGUCGUUGUUUCUUAAACUCCCAAAUAUAGGUUGGACCGUAAUUUUGACCAAAACGUUUCUCACCACAUGUUAUUUAUUAAUCUUUUGGCUGUCUUUCAGGGUCCAGUGAAUUUUGGUCUUUGCUGUCUCUGUCCUGAAAAGUCCUUUUUCGGCGAGAGAAUAGAAGAGUUCUUCGGACAUAAGCAGAAACACUCUUAA